GGGCAAAGGUCACGUAGACGGCGCGCCCAGCCCAGUACGCCUAAGUUCUCGCGCGACUUCCAUUUCCGCCCUUUCGGCUCUCUGAUCAGCGCCAUGGCGGUUGGCAAGAACAAGCGCCUUACGAAAGGCGGCAAAAAGGGAGCCAAGAAGAAAGUGGUUGAUCCAUUUUCUAAGAAAGAUUGGUAUGAUGUGAAAGCACCUGCUAUGUUCAAUAUAAGAAAUAUUGGAAAGACGCUCGUCACCAGGACCCAAGGAACCAAAAUUGCAUCUGAUGGUCUCAAGGGUCGUGUGUUUGAAGUGAGUCUUGCUGAUUUGCAGAAUGAUGAAGUUGCAUUUAGAAAAUUCAAGCUGAUUACUGAAGAUGUUCAGGGCAAAAACUGCCUGACUAACUUCCAUGGCAUGGAUCUUACCCGUGACAAAAUGUGUUCCAUGGUCAAAAAGUGGCAGACAAUGAUUGAAGCUCAUGUUGAUGUCAAGACUACCGAUGGUUACUUGCUUCGUCUGUUCUGUGUUGGUUUUACUAAAAAACGUAACAAUCAGAUACGGAAGACCUCUUAUGCUCAGCACCAACAGGUCCGCCAAAUCCGGAAGAAGAUGAUGGAAAUCAUGACCCGAGAAGUGCAGACAAAUGACUUGAAAGAAGUGGUCAAUAAAUUGAUUCCAGACAGCAUUGGAAAAGACAUAGAAAAGGCUUGCCAAUCUAUUUAUCCUCUCCAUGAUGUCUUCGUUAGAAAAGUAAAAAUGCUGAAGAAGCCCAAGUUUGAAUUGGGAAAGCUCAUGGAGCUUCAUGGUGAAGGCAGUAGUUCUGGAAAAGCCACUGGGGACGAGACAGGUGCUAAAGUUGAACGAGCUGAUGGAUAUGAACCACCAGUCCAAGAAUCUGUUUAAAGUUCAGACUUCAAUUAGUGUCAAAUAAAAAGUUUUAUUUGUGAUG